CACUCGAGCAACGAAGUACACAACACGCGGUCCCUUGUUCCGUUUGUUCCGGGGCGUCUUCGUCGUCGUCCGUCGUGUUCGUCCUUUAUCCGUUUGCCGUCGUCGUUCCGUCUGUGUGUCCCGAGAGUGAAUAAGUAGUGUGCCGGGCACCGUUCCGCGUGUCCUUAUUCCUUUCCUCCCCCUAGGGUUCCGGCUGCCCUUCCAUCCCCAUGUGCGUGUCUGUUCUGUAUGUGUGAUUUUCUGUUCGACUUUCAUUGUUCCUUUCAUCGUCGCCAAAACACUCGAAUGUUUUGUAGAUUUCCCAGUGAACCCCAUCAUCGUGCCCUCCUUCAGUUUAUUUGAAGGAACAUUCGGAAAAUGUUCCGAGAAUCCGUGUGAAAUCCGUCGGUUUCAAACCCCUAAAUCCGUCGCCAGUUCCGCAGUAGGCUGCGGAGUAAAAGAGGUGCAGACCAUUCCGGUGCCUGCAUUGACUUACUAAUCGGUGUGCGUGAGCAAAUUCCUCCGGCAACCGACCACUUCCACCAACUUCCGGCCCGGCCAACAGGAUUGAUGGCGAAUAUCAACUCACAACGAACAACGGUUAGUUGAAGUUAGUUAGUUUUCUGGUGGAUACCCACCGAACACACAUCGAACUUCCUGUCCAAAUUAAUGAUUCGAUUCCGGUGUGUUCCGGUGCCUGAGUCGAGAGUUGUGAUGGAUUCGUUGAUUGGGUUAUUGCUUUCGCGUGUGGACAGCAGCCGUCGCGGAAAUUGAAUUACCUACCUAGAGGGUACCUACUAGUUUCCGGGCCAAACGGAAGCAAAUAAAUUCCCCCGUUCCAAAGGGAUUACUCGUCGAACAUUGGAAUAUAAAUUCGUCUUCAUCCGUCGUCGAGGAAAAUCGGACCCCGAACGAUCCGAAAUCAAAAGCGGAUCCGGGAAGCGGAAUAAAUCGUAAUCGUCAGUGGGGGAAACAGCACACAUAUUUGAGUUAUCCGGUUUUGGUGUUAUUGUGUUUUGUGAUUCAAAAAUAGUGUGUAGUAACAACAACGAUAGCAACGAUCCAAAGUGAACGAGAUUUGCACACAGAUUCCAAUGCCUGUGUUCCGUGGCGCUGAGCUACAGUGCAUCUUGGUCCUUAGUGAAAACGGUUUCUAACAGACUACUCUAGCGGCAGCAGCAAUCGCCAAACGAUUGGAUUAAAAUUAACAGAAGCAUCAUCAUCAUAGGUUGAAAGCUUUAAACCGGAAGGAUUCCUCCAACUGGGACUACUAUGAUAGUUCGCGUAUAAGCAGAUUAUUAAGUAACCGUCGCCUGAGCUAAGUUUUAAUGAACAACAAAACACUCGCUUUAUCGGCUGAUAACCAUCUUUCGACACCCAAGGUUCGAAAAAUAAACUCAAAAUGCCAACGAAGGUUCUGAAGCUGGAAUAACUUUUUGGAGAAAUCACCACUUCUGUAAAUGCCGAAGAAAGAUGCAGCAGCAGCAGAAACUGCGAAGUCUAAAUGGAUUAAGCUGAUGGGACCGUGAUGGGUUCUUCUAAGGAAGAUGUUUAUCAUCUGCUGGAGGCAAAAGAUAGCCCUGAUUCUUCUGAGGUGUAAAAGCUAAACAAUGCAUCAAACUUGAAGAAACUUCGACGGUGGAAAAUUACUAGCUGGUGUUGUUGAAGAAAAGUGGGUUAAGAAGUUUGAGUGGAAAAAAGUGAAUGGAAAAGUGUGGCUUCAGAAAUAUUUGCCUUAGAGUGAAUCGGAGCCAGUGUUAGUGACAGUAAAUGAAGCAAAAUGAAAGGAAUAGCUUGAUAGUUAACGAAAAACUACCGGCGGAGAGAGACUGGAAGGAAAUCGUCUUUGUAUAUAUGUGAUGAAAAGUGGAUCGUCAAACGCUAACGAGUGUAGGGAAUAUUUGAAGUAAUAAUAGAAAUAAAAAGUUGUAUCGUUGCCUUUUACCAAUAAAAUCUUCGUAGAAAAAUUAAGUAGCUCUUAUACAAAUUCGCAAGUAAAAUAAAAAUCGCCGAUUAUUACCUAGUCGAUAGUGCAUUAGGAUUAGAGUAUCAAGCAAAUACGAAAAAAUAGCAUUUAUCUUUCAAAGUUUCUUCUUUCAAAAAGAUUUAACCUUAGUGAUAUUUAGUGCAUCCUAAUUUAAAUUUAAAAAAAAUUAGUGCCGUAAAUCGAAAUUUAGUCUAUUACAUAGCUCCAGAAUCAAUCGUAAAACCCAGUCUCAAAUAGUGCAUAAUCCAAACGCCAUCAAUUGCUGAACAAAGGAUAACAGCACAUCCCCCCCUACUCGCAAUAAAAAAAAGGAAGGAAGGAAGGAGAAAAUAAACCAAAACAAGGAUAACACAAACCGUUCCAAACAAAAGCGGAAACUUCUCGAAAGGGCGUAAAUAAAACCAGUUGAACGAGAAAUCCUCCAGCGUCAAAGAUGCCAGUCAGACGAGGACACGUCGCCCCCAAGACGACGCUCAUCGAAACGAUAAUCAGGAAAUUCGAUACGCAUAAUCGAAGCUUUCUGGUGGCCAACGCACAGCCCGAAUCCUGUCACAUCAUUUUCUGUUCCGAUGGAUUCUGCAAGAUGACCGGCUUCACGAGGGCGGAGGUGAUGCAACGAUCCGCGAGCACCGAGUUCCUGCAGGGCCAGAUGACGUCACCGGCCGUCAUCAAAUCAAUCAAGGAAGCGCUCCGGAAGGGCGAGGAGAAGCACUUCGAGAUCCUGUACUACCGGAAGGAUGGUUCCAAAUUCCUCUGUUCCGAGGUGAUAGCCCCGAUUCGGUCCGAGGUCGAUGACAUCUCCCUGUUCAUCAUCAACUUCGAGGAUCUGACCAACCCGUCUUCUCCGGAGCCGCUGGAACCGGUCAAGCAGAGUAAAUUCGACCGAGCGAGGGCCAGCUUCCGACAAUCGUUUCGCAUCGGGCACAUAGCGUUGCGGGAUCGAGGCCUCCGAUUGGCCGGAUACCUAACGCCACCAUCCGAUGCCACCCAGGAGGAGGAGGAAAUCGGCAUCAACAAGAGCGCAAUCGAAAGCGCUCUUCUUUUUCCCGUCAGGGGGUUUUGUAGCGAUCAGGUUAGCCAAACGACGGUGCUCAAGGUGGAAACCAACAUCUGGACCCCGAUGUCGACGCCAGCCCUGGCCAGGGCCCGCGGGGAGCUGGAACCGGUCCAGGUCGAUGUCGAUACCCUGAGUGGGCCCGGAGAAAUUGUGAUAACAACACCUCAGCCAACCAAAUUGGAAGUAGUUCCUGUGCCCGCAGACCUUCCAACGCCAAUCACCGACAGUAAGCCGGAGUUUCAGCAGACCAAGAGUUUAGACUUUGAUAUACAAUCAAAACCGCUGCAUUUCGGCAAACAUUCGCAAAAAAUAUAUCCCGAAAACACUAAACUAAUCCAGUCUUAUGAAAGUACGCACGCAAAGAAUAGUCGCGGGUUGAUAGAGAAGCGUGCCCAUACGAUAGACGAUUUUAUGCGAGGACCCAGGGGCCACACUGUGCGACAGUAUUUCCCGUACGUUUCGUCCGAGAGCGACCUCCAGCGCUACAAAGCAGUGCCAUUUAAGCCGAAUGCGGUUCACGAGCCGCGAACCAGUUCAUCACUUUCCAAUGUGCCUUCAGACUCUACUAAAACUAAGGAUAACGGAUCAGCGAAAUUCUUUCAGGGAACAAGACAAACAAUAAAUAUGGGUGAAAAAGUAGCACAGCAGGCGCAGGAAAAGUGGUCCAGCGUCCGGCUCAGCUCCGAUGCCAAAAAGAGUCAGGUCAAGGUGGAGAAUCACAUCUCCACCCACUCGAAUCUGAACCUGAACGGGCUGAGCGGGGAUAAGGUCCUGUCGCUCGGAGCCGACGUCCUGCCGGAAUACAAACUACAGAGUCCGCGGAUCCACAAAUGGACAAUACUGCACUACUCUCCGUUCAAGGCGGUGUGGGACUGGAUAAUAUUAAUACUAGUUAUGUAUACAGCAAUAUUUACUCCGUACGUAGCAGCAUUUUUGCUGGGAGAACCUGACUUUAAUCAAAGGAAGAAUCGCAAAUACGCGGACGACCCAAUUGUGAUAAUUGAUUUAAUAGUUGAUGUAACAUUUGUCAUAGAUAUAUUAAUUAAUUUUCGAACGACGUUCGUCAACGGUCAGGACGAGGUAGUCUCGCAUCCUGGCCGGAUAGCGGUGCAUUAUCUGAGCGGCUGGUUUCUGAUCGACCUGGUGGCAGCCAUCCCAUUUGAUCUGCUCCUGGUCGGAAGUGAUACGGACGAGCUUGGCUUGGACAAAGAUGAGACAACGACUCUGAUUGGUUUAUUGAAAACGGCACGUCUAUUGCGUCUAGUGCGAGUGGCGAGAAAGAUCGACCGCUAUUCGGAAUAUGGCGCUGCUGUUUUAGUAUUACUGAUGGCUACCUUUGCACUAAUCGCUCACUGGCUGGCUUGUAUUUGGUAUGCGAUAGGAAAUGCCGAACGACCGUUUAUGAAAAACAAAAUCGGAUGGCUGGACGCACUAGCUGAGGCCACCCAGGAGUACUACUAUCCGAAUAACACCGGUGGAGGUCCGUCGAUAAAGUCACGAUAUGUGACCGCACUGUACUUCACCUUUACCUCACUAACGUCGGUCGGAUUUGGCAACGUGGCACCGAAUACGGACGCCGAGAAAAUAUUCACGAUAUGCGUGAUGCUCGUUGGAUCUCUCAUGUACGCCAGCAUCUUCGGUAACGUUUCGGCCAUCAUUCAGCGGCUCUAUUCCGGCACGGCCCGGUAUCACACGCAAAUGCUGCGGGUGCGGGAGUUUAUUAGAUUUCAUCAGAUUCCAAACCCUCUAAGGCAACGGCUGGAGGAAUACUUCCAGCACGCAUGGAGCUACACCAACGGGAUCGACAUGAACUCGGUGCUGAAGGGGUUUCCCGAGUGCCUGCAGGCGGACAUUUGCCUGCACCUGAACCGGAACCUGCUCAACAACUGUUCGGCCUUCAUCGAUGCCAGCCCCGGAUGUCUGAGAGCUCUUUCGCUAAAGUUCAAAACGACUCACGCCCCUCCGGGAGAUACGCUGGUCCACAAGGGGGACGUCCUGACCCAUCUCUACUUCAUUGCGAGGGGCUCCAUAGAGAUACUGAAGGACGACGUAGUUAUGGCGAUAUUAGGAAAAGAUGACAUAUUCGGCGAGAAUCCCUGCAUCCACACGACGCUGGGGAAAUCGAACAGUAAUGUUAAAGCAUUGACUUAUUGUGAUCUACAUAAGAUUCAUAGAGAUGACUUAUUAGACGUGUUAGAUUUAUUUCCGGAAUUUUAUGAUAGUUUUGUAAAUAGUUUGGAAAUUACGUAUAAUAUGCGAGAUGAGGAACAAGCGGGAAUAGAGUUAAGGCAUCGGCAUAUGCGACUCGGCUCACAGGACAGGGACAGCGAUAGUCGGUCCUACGUUAGGAGAUUACACACGGUGCAUCAUCAGCGAACAGGCCAGACCAAAUGUGAUAUUCCAAAUGAUAGAAGUUCGGGACAAAUAAGCACUAACUUCGACGACGAUCGAAAGUUUUCUAUAUCAGGAAUGAUGUCGCAAAUCAAGCGAAGCAUACCAGAUCUUAGAUCAAACAGACAUCAACCAUUGACCAGCACCUGUGCUUCUCCAAACGAAAGUCCCAAAAGUUCGCACAAGCACAGUCCACCCAGUGAUUUGCAAUCGCCGAAGGACACGGUGACGCUGAGUGCCAUCAGCCAGCGAGGAUGUGCCUGUGGUCCCAAGGAUCAGGGAGGAGGUGGUGGUGGUGGAGGACCAGGAGGUGGAAGCAUGGGUGCCGGGGGAAUUGGAUCCGGCAUUCGGCCUGUCAGCAUAUCCGGUCCGGUGGAUUUGAGCAUCAAGAGUCCCGAGGAGGACGCCUAUCAACAUAUGGCUCCACAUGUGACGACGGGCAGUGGAAUCCGAGGGGAAGGUGUGGGCGGAAGCAGCGGGAUGGGCAGCGGCAGUGGGAAGGAUGGUUGCAGCGAGCACACGUAUCAACGUAGGGAUAAUGUAGGAUCCGUAACGAAUCAAUUAUCCGAUCUAACGAUAAGACUAGACAACCUGGAGGGCAGCCUGAAGAAGGACAUCCGAACCAUCCUGGACAUCCUGCACCAGCAGCAGCAGAUGCAGUUGCAGUUCCACCAGCAACAGUUGCAGCAUCAGCACCAGAUGCAGCAGCAAGCCGGCAAGACGGCCCUGUCCUCGUAUCAACCGUCCGAGAGUGAUUUCUCCUUCGACAUGUGCCCGAUGAUGGGUCCGGGUGAUGCGGUCAUAAGCAGCGGGGGUGUGGUGGGAAUGAUGGUUCCGGCUGGAGGGAUGGGUCCCGGGGGCAGUGGAAUGGCCAAGCUAGCUCAAGCCCAGCAGCGGACCAACGUGCAGCGGUCCGUCUCCCAGCCGGAGUGCGCCAACGAGAAAAGCCUUUUCAAGUGCUCAAAAUUUUCCUCUUUUAAUCAAGCAAUGGACGAUGCGCCGGAGGGUCACAAUUGGAACAUUUUCGCGCCAAUAGCCAAGCUUGAAUCAUUGGAUGAAAUUGAUCAGGAUAGUAAACAAUCCAUCAGCCAGGACAAGCCUCAAUAACGUAUAGCGUAAGAUCGAAAACCGUUCAAAGAAUCAUCCCGUAGGAUAGUUGUCGGAAGAUGGGCGCUUGACGGAAGCAUCGAGUCAUCCGUCACACACACAGACAAACGCAUAGCUGCAGCCAUUGCCCAUAGGGAACGUCAUCGUUGUCGACCGGAAGUGGAAACGAUCAACCAUAAAGCGGAAGAAGAACAAAAAAACUUUAAAGCUCCUCUUCAGUCUGGAAUGAACCAGCCAAAAAAAAUCUUUGCAGGAGCAUAUAUCGUGACUUGUUACUGUGUACAUACUUUUAUCGCUUGAGAAAUAAUUUCCGAUGUUCACUUUUGAUUCAAUAUUGAACAGAAAAAACGCUAGCCGCAACAAAAAACAGACAUACAAAAUUGUACAUUUUUCAUAUAAAAUUACAAGAACACAAUUUAUACGCGAAAUAUCAACCGAUUUUUACGAACAAAAACGCUGAUGCUACAAAUACAAACACAAACGAGAGAAAAAAGGAAAAAAUACAAACACGCAUAGCUGAGAUAAAGUGAUUUAGGAGACAACAAAACAAACAAAUGAAUGCAAUUUAAACCAAAGGGAUUAGGUACAUUAAACAAAAAAGACAAAACAAAUCGGAAUAUGCGCUAGGUAUAUUUUUAUUUUUCUAAAACCAAUCGGUACCAGUUAUUGUUAUCGAAACGUUCCAAAACAAAAAAAAAAGACAAACACGCAAUCAUGAAUCGGGAUAGGAGAAGUUGAAUGGAACGGAUUCGGUCGGAUAGGAUGAAAGAAGGAAGGAGCCGUAGGAGGUUUGAGUAGAUCAGAACAACAAAAAACUAGAACAUUUACCUUUAAGUAUUUUAAUUUCUCAGUACGAUGAUUAAGUUCUCAUCGUUCUCCCGCCAUAGGCGGAUUAUUCGAAUUACAAAACCAAAAAACCAACAAAACUCAACUUCUGCUCUUAGAUCGCAGUUUAUUUUUAGAGAAAUACUAAUACUCAAACUAAUUACAAACAUAUGGUUAUGUACUUUAAGAUUAAUUGAAACGAAACAUUUCAAGCGAAGGCGCAACGCAAAAAGCAAAGUCGUACUAAGUUAGAGUCAAUUUGUUUUAGCAAAGUUGAACAGUACUACGCUAUUGUUCAAAGUUGAUUAUUUUCCAGCGUGCAGCGGAAAACUAACGUUAGCAGUUCAAAACCAAACAGUUUUGGGUUUCAUUUUUAGAGGAAACAAGGGUAGACUUUUAGAAAAGCUUAAACUAAAACUAAACAAUAGACAGGAAAGGCAAAACAGAGAAGAAGAUAACUUCAAACAAACAAACAAACAAAACAAGCAGCACGUGUAUCGAAAUUGACAGAGAAAAAAGCAUACAAAGCUUGAGCUGAACGAAACGUUUACAUUUUACACAACCAUUUCCAGUUACACAAACAUUCCAAUCGUCCCCAAAAUCAAAGAUAAAUCGAAAACAAAAGCAUCUUUAAAAUGUAACUUCUUACCUUUACCAUUUUACCUGUUUUUGUUGUUAGGUAAAUCUAUGAAAAAUACAAAUGAAAAAAAAAACAACUCAAGUCAUCUAGCUGAAACACUAACACAUCUACGGAUAACACCAACCCGGCGAAAGGUUAAGUAAAGAAAAUGAAAAAAGCUUCAUGAAUCAACACGCCCUACCAAUCCAAUAAAAUACACAACCAACAACACUAACACUUGAAUAACGCCAUACACACAAUACGCAAACACUUGGACACUAACACAAACAAACCAAAACACGCAGCAUACUCACUCAAACUUAACACCAACACAAUAGAAACGCAUUCAAAGAACUGAGGAAAAUGAAAAACUUUAAUGUUUAUAUAAAACGCAAAUUAAGAUAAAAAACCAAACGAAGGUAAAAAAAACAAUGUUUACCUUGCGAGAGGCUAGAAACAACCGGCAAAAAAUGUGUUAUUUUUUCCAGGCCAUGCAAUAAAGAAAAGAAAAAAAACGAUUAAA